ACACUGAUUGCAUCGAGCGCGCGCGCGUGUUGAUCCGAGUUGAACAGAGCAGAAGGAAAAGGAAGGUGGUCGUUUGCGUGUGACACAUUCAUGCUUCAUUCCGCCCUAUCCGGCGCCUAUCUGCCUCAAGUGACUGUCAAGCGUGAGUGUGUCCGGAGGAAAACUCUAGCCCACGAGAAAAGCUACACCCCACCGUGCAAUUCAGUUAGCUGUGAUAGCUCGAAAGGUUCGCAGCUUAGAGCGCGUGUGAGUCUUGCUGAGAAUCGUGUUUAACCUUUCGGCUCGUGACACGCAAGAAGAACAAUUGCUCCAAAGGCUUUCAAAAUGUGGACGCAUCAGUUAUUUGCUACGUUAGUAAUAUUUUUAUUCAUAACCUUCACGAAAUGUGAAAUGGACCUCCCCGAAUACUUGCACGUGUGUCAUCGUGAUGAUCCAAAGCUAACCGAAUGUAUGAAGCAAUCCAUCGAAACCCUGCGGCCGUAUCUGGCCCGAGGUAUUCCAGAGUUGGACAUCCCUUCCAUCGAACCAAUCAAUCUGGGCGAUCUGAUUGUAGCCGAAAGCGUACCGGGCCAGGGUAUCAGUAUUACUGCCAAGGAUAUCAAGGCGUAUGGACCGUCUAAUUUUAGGCUGAAGAAACUGAGUGUGGUAGAAUACGGAAAAGUGUACAGCUUCGAGCUAGAGCUUCCCCACUUGUACGUCGAAGGGCGAUAUGUAGUUGAUGGUAGAAUUAUCCUAUUACCGGUGAAAGGUGCAGGCAAAUUUACUGGAAACUUCACGCAAGGUGUUGGAAAUGUCCGUAUCAAGGGUGACCGGAAAGUGAUCAACGGCAAGAACCACCUUUCGUUGGCCAAACUGGACAUCAAAAUUAGGGUUGGUGAUGGUAAAAUCAAAUUAGAAAACCUUUUCGGUGGAGAUCGAACGUUGGGGGAAAUCAUCAACCAAACCAUCAAUCAAAACUUUUCUCUAAUUAGUCACGAGUUGAUCCCGCUGAUCGAGAAAGCCCUGCAGAGGAUAUUCAAGAGGACGGGGAAUAAAAUACUCGAAAGAUUCCCAGAGGAGGUCUUGUUCCCCUGGUUGCGGUUGCGUCAUGUCAACAAGUCUUUGGAGUUCUGGAAGCGCAUUAUUUUGUCACACGAGUCUAAUUUUGAGCUGUUGGACAAGAAAAGGGGACUCCGAAUGCGGCGGAAGAUCGACGACGGCCUCCAGGACCGGCAUCUGCAACCGACUAUGAAUCUUAGCGCACUUAACGGUAUUAUGGCCGCUGAUGGUUACAUCGACAUUUUGUGCGAGAACCUGGAAGAAUCCAUGCUGAAAAUGGAGCUGGAGGAUAAGUACACCUUCCAACAAGAUAAGAACCCUAUGCAUUCUGCGAAGGAAACAGCAGAAUUCUUCCCGGCCCGGAUCAAACUAAUGGUGCUGACACCCCAAAGCCCCGACCUGAAUCCUAGAUCCGGUGGAAACCGUUCAGUGGUGAUCAUGAACGCGGUUUCGGUGCGGCAAACGUUGACCUCCUCCAGCUCGGUAGCGCUAGGAGUGAUUCUGGCGCUGCUCCUUGUAGAAUUAAAUGGUGUUGUGCAAGCCAAAGAAAUAGUCAUUCGGAAUAAGGAUUUUCCACAGCUGAAAGAGAAACCGGAUUGGCUCCGAGUCUGUCGAAGAGAGAAUCCAAAUGAAGACGAUUGUUUCAGAAAAAUGUUCGUGGGCACAUUUCCGUAUAUCGCGAAAGGCAUCCCUGAGAUAGGCGUCCAGCCGUUCGACCCGCUUCGAAUCGAAUCCGUUCAAGUGUCACGAGGCUCUGGUGCACUCACCCUAAGUGGUGGCUUCAAGAAGCUCAACAUCAAGGGUCCCUCGAACACUACCGUAAGGCGUGCCAGUCUGGACUUCAAAACAAACACACUCAGUUUUGACCUGGAAAUUCCGAAGCUGAAAAUUGAUGCCGUAUACAACUUGAAGGGAAACGUCCUCCUGUUGCCGCUGGUUGGCGACGGUGACGUUACAAUGGUGCUGAAGGAUGUGAAAACAUCCGUGGUCACAAAAAUCAGCGUUCGUCCAAUGCCCGAGGAUGCCAUAUUCAUCGAGGAGAUGAAAGUCACUUUCCUAGUCGGCGGAAUGCGCAUUCAUCUGGAUAACCUUUUCCAAGGUAACCAGGUGUUGGGUGCGUCACUGAAUUUGUUCCUGAAUCAGAAUGCGAACGAGGUGAUUGCCGAGUUGAGGACCGAUCUCGAGUACGGCCUUGCCGAUAUCUUCAUAGGGCUGUGGAAUGAACUGUUCAAUAAGCUCCCUCUGAAGCUGUGGAUUGAUGUUUGAAUGUGAAUGUUUUGUAAAAAAAUGGCUGUUGUACAGGAUUGUGAGCUAUUUUAUUAAUUUUCAUAAAUAGUAUGGUAGGAGCGAUUAGUUUCUUUAUUUUUGGAAGAAUCUAAAACUCGUUGCAAUGUUGUUGCUAGCUCUAGAAAUGUGAUGUAAAUAGAAAGCGUAAUUUAAGAAAUAUAUACUUGUCUUGUAAAAACCUGAAAAAACGAGCAGGUUAGAUAUAUUUUUGAUAUAUUAUUUGUAAUCCUAUAGACAUAUUUGAUAUAUUUUUUAUUUAGAUAUAUUUGUAAUCCUUUCCUAAUUCCGAAAUAAUUGCUUUUACUUGAUCUCAAGUACUGUGACGGAAAAGUUAUUUUAAGUCCGGCGAAGCGUUAGAGACGAAUGAAUUCAAGCUUCUUUAUCCUUCCUAUACUCGCGCAUAGGUCUGACAAACCGAGAGUAAAUAAGGUGAA